GUAAAAUAGUAGAUAAAUCAUAGUGCAACAGAGAUAAGCAUAGACGUAGUUGUAGAGAUAUGAGGCUCGAAGCUGGGGAAACUCUGGCGAGACGCGAGCGUGAGCGUGAGCGACGAACCCAGCGUCUCGCCAGUGCGAGUCUUAAGUCUCGCGUCAGCCUCCUUUUCCCGUUAUAAAAGGCCUGUGCCCAGGCUGGUCACCGAUGAUGCGCCCCAGAAUGUGUUCCGUGCAGGGGUGCAUUGAUAGACACUUUUGCGCCUCACGAUCGGCAGGAGCGGCGCCGACGCAAGAUCUGGGAGUUCGACGGAAAGGACAGUCUAUUGAGCUAUGUAUAGACGAUUGAAUACACUGAGACGCACCUGGGAGUUCGACGGAAAGGACGAAGAACUCCCGGGGUGCGAUGCGCGAUGAUAAUCAAACGUUCGAAAGAUACUGGCCGACUCACGUGCGAGUCGCUGUACUACUGCUACGCCAACGUUCCACCAUGUCGCCGACACUGCUAACUGUGUCGCUCAUUAGCGCCUCGCAGGUAGGAAUGCAUUCCUGGGUCGCUGAAAGCGAACUGCAAAACCGAUUCGCAUGUUCAGACGGGGGAAAAGGGAGCGAGGGAUCUAUUCGAGCCCAACCAUCAAUGGGCAGUGCAAGGAGACCGGGGGAAAGAGGGCGCUGCGGGUAUCGAGAGCCUGAACUGGCCGUGGUCGAACACGUGUUUACAGGCGGCGAGCUUGGUGCUCCUCGAGUGAGAGAGCGUACCUUGGUGUGAGCUUGCUGAACGCGGCUUGCCGGUUCAGACUGGCCAAGGUGCCAGGGAUGAGAUAGGGCUCGCCGGGCGGCAGGGAACGAGCUGACCGUGGCCGAACAUGAGCCCAUGGGUGUCUGCGAACCCUGCAUCGGAUGCAACGAUGGGGAGAAUCACGAGCAAGCUGGAGUAGAAUUGGAUGGAGGCAAGGUGUUCUUCGAGAACAUCAAGUGGAGUCGAGAAGAGUGCUAUCGCCACUGAAAGCCCUACUCUGUAGUCCAAUCGUGCGACUGCGAAGACCCAUGGUG